GGUUGGACAAUAACAUGCUGCGUCUUUUGGCAAUUACCCUGGUCUUAUGUGCCUCAAUGUGUGCGGCACGUGCUACCCCAAUGGAGGCCAUUGCCUAUGUGAUUGGACCUGUGCAAGAGGAUAAUAGUCAAGUCAAGGGCAAUGUUACCUUCAUUCAGAAUGAUUGUGGGCAAAAUGUUCAUGUGCGCAUUCUAUUGACUCUCCUGAAGGAGGGCAAACAUGGUUUCCAUAUACACGAGAAGGGAUAUCUGACCAAUGGCUGCACCAGCAUGGGAGCUCACUACAAUCCACAAAAGGUGGAUCAUGGUGGCCCUGACCAUGAAGUGCGUCAUGUUGGCGAUUUGGGUAAUGUGGCAGUGAACUCCACCGGCAUCUUGAAUGUAACUAUUACCGAUUCCGUGUUGAGUUUAACUGGCAAACACAUCAUCAUUGGACGCGGUGUGGUUGUCCAUGAAGAUGAAGAUGAUUUGGGUCUUGGUAAUCAUCAUAUCAAAAGCCAAGCAAAUCAACACAACACAAAUGAAACUUACCUACAUAUAUUCGACACUCUCUACUUUUAA